CGUGUCGUCAUUAGCAACAACAAACCCACCUGCCUUAAAUGGCAGUGGCGAUCAGCAGCUCGCAGUUGUCGUUGCUCUUUGACCGUUUGCCUGUGACAGCCGGUUAGAGGCAGUCCGACAGCAUAAUACGCGGGGAAGUGAAAGCGCAUACAUUUGAUUCUAGUCGUUGGGUGCUCGGCGUUUUUUUGUCAGAAACCAUUUAUCGGUUGCUCUUUUUCAGCCUUCCUCCUCUUGACGUUAACGUUAGCUUAGCUUGCUAGCAGUCAGCGACAUAUUGCAUGCGUAUAAAUGGAAGAGCUCUUCCUCGUUGGGUCAUAAGGAACAGUUCUGUUUUCAGUGGCUGACUUGGAGGAUAAAUCAUCAGAGACUUCCCGUAAAAGGCACACAAACUGCUAUGGAGCCGCACGGCUGUGUGAACAUUUGCAGUCUGACCAGCGCCUUGCCGGUUAUUCCCUACCAGAAGCUGACAGACCUGUACUACCUGAGCAGAGGGGGCUUUGGCACCGUGUUCAAAGCGCAGCACUCCGACUGGAGGACCACUGUGGCCAUUAAGUGUCUGAAACUCGAUUGUCCUGUUGUAGAAAGAGAGAGGAACUGCCUGCUGAAGGAGGCCGAGGUGCUCCACAAAGCCAGGUUCAACUACAUCAUCCAGAUCUUUGGCAUCUGCAACGAGCCUGAGUUUUUCUGUAUAGUCACAGAGUUUAUGAGCAAUGGCUCUCUGGACCUGCUGCUCCACGAGAAGGACAUGUACCCCAGGCUUGCCUGGCCUUUGCGACUGAGGAUCCUGUAUGAGAUUGCCCUCGGGGUUAACUUCCUUCAUAACAUGAACCCACCCCUGUUACAUCACGACCUAAAGACACAGAACAUACUGUUGGAUGGUGAAUUUCAUGUUAAGAUUGCUGACUUUGGCCUUUCAAAGUGGCGACAGCUGUCCGUCAGUAAAGGCUCGGGGUCCAAGCCCACAGAGAUGGGGGGCACAGUGAUCUACAUGCCCCCUGAGAGGUACGAACCUUCCAAGAACCGUCGGGCAGAUGUGAAACACGACAUGUACAGCUAUCCCCAAUCUUUUAUGUGGGAAGUGUGUCCGGGCAGUUUCCAGGUGACCAACCCAAUGCAGAUCAUGUUCAGUGUGCUACGUGGGUUACGUCCUGACACAAGUUGGGAAGUUGCCGCGACAUCCCCCAAAAGAGAAACCUAGUUUAAGACCUGCGGUUGCGCUAACCCCGAUGAACGACCUUCCUUCCUCAAGUGUUUGAUUGAGCUCGAGCCCAUGGUGAGGAACUUUGACGAAAUCGACUUACUGGAGGCCGUGUUGGAGAUCAAGAGGUCGAAGUUGAUGCAAGGAUCGGCCUGUUGUCCAGCCCAGUCAGUGAGUGAGAAGAGAAGUGAGGAGGGAUCCCUGAACAUGCUGAAGGACAGGAUCAGCCCAUGGCCGGAGAGCUCCCCGUCAGGCUCAGGCUCAGGCUCAGGCUCUUGUUCCUCCCAGGACACAGACAUAUCUCUACCAGGCGCGCUCAUCAGCAGCAAUGCUGCACCUUCUAAAGAGGGGCAUCUGUCGUCAUAUUCGGCUCAUACUCUAGAGCGUCCUGAGUCUUUGAUAGACUACUGCACAGUCAACAAUCUGAAUGGCUACCAGAGUGCCAGGCCACUUAAAUAUUUGAACAUACCCAUCAAACCAGGCCUGCCUGCCACUGAAUAUGAGACACAGCUGGAUAACCUCACCCUCAAGCCUCAGCAACAAGCAGAUUACUCUCCUCCAUUGCUGCAUUCCCCUCCCUCACAAGGCCCAAUUGCCCAGUGGAUUGCGACACGGCGUGAGGAUAUUGUCUCCCAGAUGACAGAGGCCUGUCUGAACCAAAGCUUGGAUGCCCUGCUGUCCCAAACCAUGCUUAUGCGAGAGGAUUACGAGCUGGUGAAGACCCAGCCAACGCGCACCGCUAAGGUCCGCCAACUCCUGGACAACUGUCACCGAAACAACGAAGACUUCUGCCGCAUUGUCGUCCGCAAGCUGUGUGACAACAAGCAAAUGGGCCUGCAGCCGUUCCCACCUGAAAUCGGCUCCCCUACGCUCGUCCCCAACCCACCGCCGCUGUCCAUGUCCUGCAAUAUCCCCAGGAACGUGUAGCAGCAGUCACAGCCAAUCAAUUAAAACAAUCCAGAUUAUUAACUGUGCCAACUUUACACUACAACUCUUACCUGUUUUUUUUGUCGUCAAGAUGGUCACUGUGGUUUCUGUCAGUAUUUCCCUCAAAGAGAAGGAGGAGGAGCAUGAACUGAGGGCUGCACGAGCAAAAAAAGAGUCACAGGUACAAAACUAAGCUUUUGGCUUUGAAGAAUAUCCACUCAAGAGGAACAAAAGGUUUUAUUCUAUACAAUCAGAAUCAAAAGUUUGACGGAAUCAAUGGUUUUAUUUUACAAUGUCAUGGAUUUAUUGAGACAAUGUAUUUAUAGUUCCUUCAUUCUGAGUGGAUGUAUUGCAGAGUUUAUCUCCUUUGCUUUUGUCUCCGAAGCUCAGUUGCGUGUGCGCGUGGUGGUGGUGGGGGAGCGGGAGUUCAGUAUACUUGUGGAGUCCCAACAGCUUUGUGGGGCCAAAAUGCUGGACCCCACAACUUUAAAGGGCUGUUUGAGGGUUAAGACUUGGUUUUAGGAUUAAGGUUAGAAUUAGGUUAGGGUGAGGGUAAGAGUUAAGGUUAGGCAUCUAGUUGUGAUGGUCAAGGUUAGGGUAAGGGGCUAGGGAAUGCAUUAUGUCAAUGACAGGUCCCCACAAAGAUAGGGCUUAACAUCCCUGAAACACUCUGUUUAUCUGAGUAUGUGAUAUUAGGACUGUUAACAUGCUGGAAAACCUACAGCAAAAAUAAAGUUAAUUCCCAUUAAAGCAAUCCUAUUGUUGGUGAACUCUCCUGAUAAUGUUUACCGCCUGUGAAAGUGAGCGAGCAUGUGGCCCUCACAGUGUCUUUGUAUUGAAGCUUGGAUGUUAACAGCAUAACCUUACUGUAGUGUUGGAAUGAGUUGUGAUUUGGUUAGACUGUGACCGCAUGGGAAGUUUUUGUCCCUGCCCCUGGCUCUUUUUCCUCCCCCUCUUCUCUUUGUAUUGUUGAACUAAAGAGUUGCUGGGACGUUGAGUAAAGAGGAAGUUGAGAUUGUAAAAUAAGACUCAGAAUGAGAGGGAUGCGUGUAUGUCUGCAUAUCUUUGUCUAGAUUAAAAGUGGACCAAAGUGAUCUAAUUUCUUUUGGUAUUCUCAGUAGUAGCCCUUACAUCUCAGUAUUUUUAAGUGUUUUUUUUUAAUAGUGACAUUUCAGACUCAUCUGGAUACUGCCAGAGUUGCAGUUUAUCGAUGGGUUUCACAUUUUUGAUCCUGCUGAGCUGCUCUGCAGGAGAAAUGCAACACAUAAACAGAUAAGAUCAAACCGGCUUUGCUUGUAGCAACCUUUUAUUUACCUGCUUUAUAAAGUGUACUCUAAGCAGUAAAUGCUCAGUUUAUUACUAUCUUGACACAUACACUGUUUUCUACUGUAGCUGUGCUUCCUAAUCUGCUCAAAACAAAUAAAAUCAUUUUCACUCUGUUACUCAUAUACAGAGAUCAGUGCCAUUUAGCUAGGCUUAAUGCAAGAAAAUACACAUUUUCACAUUAAGACAGUAGCACCAGAUUGUUUGUAUAAAUAAUACUGAGUAAUACAGUUUUUGAAUUACUUCAUGCAUUGUAAACAAAGUUUCCAUGACACCAUUACUUUCAGUCCUCCUUAUAGCCAUGUUUGUAUAUAAGUGUGUGUGAUAGGACUGCAAGUAACCAUUACUUUGACAAUUAUUUUCUUGAUCAGUCGUUUGGUUUAUAAAAUGGUAGAAAAUGCUCUUCACUGUCUCCCUGAGCCCAAGGUACAUCUUGAAAUUUUGUCUAAAACCCAAGGAUAUUUAGUUUACCGUUAUAGAAAACUAGUCACUUUUAAAUGGCUGGAACCGAUUAAAUGUUUUUUUUUUUUUUUUUUGCUUGAAACUAAUUGAUUUUAAAAAUAGUUUAAAGAUUCAUUUGAAUAAUUAAUUAACAAAUUGAUUCAUCAAGUGAUCUUUUCAGCUCUAGUGUGUAUGUUGUGUGCAGGUAUACAUCUCAUUAAGGGUCUUUCUGUCUUCAUCACUGCCUUUUCUUCCUACUUCCUGGGUAGCAGUAGUAAAAUAGUAGUAGUGUAGCUGUGUCAUUUACUGUCAUUACAUCCACAAAUUCCCCAUACAAUCACCAUUGUAUUGUUCCUCAUCAUUGGGUUCAAAGUUAUUUUCAGUUCAAUAAAGAACUUUAAAAAACA